CUGUCGACGGUGGAGGUUUAUACCUCUCUUUUUGACUGUCAAUUCAGUAGCACCAAUCCUCAAAUAGAUGCAAAAGACCUCCGAGGAAAGGCUCAUCGGUUAUGUAUCGCUUCUGGUGCGUGUGAGCUAACCACCCCCAGUUUCCGCCACAACCGCGUGAGAGACGUAGAUGUGAAACUCCCUGCCCAUCAAGCAAAACCUCAAACAAGCAGAACCUUUUGGCGCUUAGAGUCACAUCCACUGCGUGCGAAAGAGCAGCGAGGCACAAUGGGGAUUUGUGUUUUCGCCCUCACACUCGCGUGGCUGUCUACAACCAGAGCUUCCGACUGUACCCGGGUCUUGGGUGAUUGUCUGGACAAACGUGGCACCCCAUGGACCAGAUGCUAUGAGGACGAAAUUGCGAGCUGUACUUUAAGAAGCCGUUCAUCAGGCUUCAUCCAUCGGAGGGUGAACUGGACGCAUGAGGCCGAAGGGAGUCUCACUGGUCAACACAGGUUCCACAUCUCCUCCUCAGCUCUCCUCAGAAGCAGAGGAGCUGCGUCUGACAGUGAGGUGCUGCUGGUGGCCACGGUGAUCGACAGCACUUAUUUUAAGCUCAGUCCUCCCCCUCGCGGCAGAUUUAUAAGGCUAGACAGGCCCAGUCAAAGCACUGUUCUGGGGGGCUUGGUCCUUGUAGUAAAGGCGGGGAACUAUCCUGUCGGCAACCUCUCACAAGCCAUCAAACUAGGCUUCAAACACGACAAACAGGUGGAGGACGGGGCUUGUGUGUAUUGGGAGGAGUCAUCGCUUGAAGAUGGAACAGGUUAUUGGAGCACAAAAGGCUGUGAAACCACCCAAACUGAAAGUGAAUUUAUCUGCAGCUGCAACCACCUGAGCUUCUUUGCUGUGCUUGUGAACCCCGUGUUAGCAGUGGAUGAAAGAAAUGCUGUGAACCUUAGCUAUAUCACCUACAUUGGAUCAGCACUCUCCAUCUUAUUCACAGUCAUCAGCUUGAUCAUCUAUAUACAUCUGCAGCGUAGAAGUCCCGAGAAAGCUGUUGCCGUGCAUUUGCAGCUUACCGGAGCCUUGCUCUGCCUCCACCUCAGCUUCCUGCUGAGCUGCUUCUGGGUAGAGAAAGGCGACGACUGGGUUUGCCGCGGUCUGGGUCUCCUUUUGCACUGGUCCCUGAUGGCCACCUUCACCUGGACGGCCGUGGAGGGGUUCCACCUCUACCUUCUGCUCGUCCGCGUCUUCAACAUCUACGUCAGGAGAUACCUGCUCAAACUCAGCUUGGUGGGAUGGGGUCUCCCCACACUGAUCGCAGUGGUCUGUGGAAUUUCAGGUGUUUAUGGAACAUACAGGCCGGAACUGACGGACGCCAACAACCACAGCUCAAACGCUGAGAUAUGCUGGAUGAGCAGCCACAGGCUUCCAGUCAGCUUCGUCACGACCGUGGCCUACCCGUGCCUGGUGAUACUCUGCAAUUCCUGCAUGCUGGGGGUGGUGGUGUUCAAGCUCUGGGGGUUGAGGGCGGGCAGUUUCGGCGCCGAAAGCGGCGGUGGCUUAAAGAAGGUGAGCGGAGAGAAAUGGGCCAAGUUGUGGAAGGACUGUGCCACGGUGCUGGGCCUUAGCUUCGUGCUGGGCUUACCUUGGGGGCUAGCAAGCACCACCUACAUCUCCCUCCCAGGGAUCUACGUGUUCACGGUACUAAACUCCCUGCAGGGUAUAUUUAUGUUCCUGUGGUCCUUGGCGUUGUCCUGCAAGUCUCGAUCUGACCACAACUCCUCUGUCAAAGAUCAUUCCACUCAGAAAAUGAUGACUACCAGUUUCAAUAACUGAAAUUCACAGCGACAAGUGUAUUAGCAGUUGCCUACAUUAGGUGCUUACGGACCUUUGGCCAUAUGCAGUUAACUCACAAUAACUUAAUCAAGUCAUUGAUCUUAUUUAAAUUUGUCGUGAACAUUAACCUCUUUUUAUUGUUGGGACUGUUAUGAUAUUAAUGUAACCACAAGAUUAUUAAGUCAUCAGACAAACAAGAAAUAAAAAUAAUUGUUAUCUGUG